AGGAAGAAGAAGAAGAACGGAACGUCAACAUGGCUGCUGACAGUGAUCUCGAGUCGGAGGUGUUCGAGAUCACCGACUUCACCACAGCGUCGGAGUGGGAACGGUUUGUGUCGAGAGUCGAAGAAGUGCUGAAUGACUGGAAGCUGACUGGGAACUCUGCAAGGACAUUGUCUCCAGAAAAGGGUCAAUACACCAGUGGCACCUGGGGUGAGAAGUCACAGGAUAUUAAUUUUGCUGACUUUAAGUUCUACAUAACCCACUACUUCCUGAAAGAAGAAUGUGAUCAGGAUGAAGGGACGGACUCACCCAAGGAAGAUGUCUUACCCUUGGGGAUUCAGGACCUUCUGUGUAUGAACAAUGAUUUCCCUCCUCGAGCCCACUGCCUGGUCAGAUGGUACGGCUUACGAGAGUUUGUGAUCAUCAGUCCAGGAACAAACUGUGAGGCCAUCAUCAGCGAGUCCAAAUGCAAUCUGCUUCUCAGCUCCGUCUCCAUAUCUCUUGCCAACAGUGGCUGUCAGGUUCCCAUGUUUGUGCAGAUCCAGCAGAAGUGGAGGCGGAUGUAUGCUGGGGAGUGCCAGGGACCAGGUGUGCGAACAGACUUUGAAAUUGUCCAACUCCGCAAAGUGCCGAGUCAGUACAACCACUUGUCUGGUCUGCUUGAUAUCUUCAAGUCUAAGAUAGGUUGUACCCUGUUCCCUCUACCUCCAGUCAACAUUGCUAUUCGCUUUACAUAUAUUCUCCAAGACUGGCAGCAGUACUCGUGGCCACAGCAGCCUCCAGACUUUGACACACUCCUUGGAGGCGAGGUCGGAGGGGUGGAGUUUGGGAAGCUUCCAUUUGGAGCCUGUGAGGAACCAAUUAGUGAACUUCAUCUUGCAACCACCUGGCCUCACCUGACAGAGGGAAUAGUUGUGGAUAAUGACGUCUACAGUGACCUCGACCCUCUUCAAGCUCCUCAUUGGUCAGUUCGAGUCAAGACAGCUGAAAACCCUCAGUGCUUACUGGGUGAUUUUCUGACGGAGUUCUUCAAGCUGGGCUGUAGGAAGGAGUCUACAGAGGAGCUUCUGGGAAGAGGAUUGACUGAAGAGGAGGGCAAAGACAACAGUGACAUCAGCUCUGCUUUAUCCAAGCUGACCGAGCCAACAGCAACUGUGCCAAUAACCAAACUAUACGUCUCCAAUAUGGUGCACACGGCUCGAAAGCACAUCCGCCGCCACCGCCGCAUCGACGAAUCACCACUUAACACUGACGUACUCAAUUCUGUCCUCCUGUAUCUCUUCCCAGAUGCUGCUGUGGAGAAAUCAUCAGAGAAUGUUAAGAGUAAAACUGCACCGUCAAACUCCGGCGAGACAACCGAGCAAGAUAAAAACUCAGAUUAUAAUCUUUUCCUCCAGCUGAAGUCAGCACCCAGUGAUAGUCUGACCUACCGGCUGGCAUUAUGUGUGUGUCUGGUCAACUACAACUACGGUGGGAUGCGGGCUGUUGCCCACCUCUGGCAGGAGUUCGUCCUGGAGUUGCGCUACCGCUGGGAAAACAACCACCUUAUCUAUGGAUUGACUGGUGGACCUCCUGAUCUUCGCUGUUGUCUUUUGCAUCAGAAGCUCCAGAUGCUGAACUGCUGCAUAGAGAGGAAGAGGGCCAGAGAUGAAGUUCGCAAGACUCUAGAGGGAAGCAAAGACAGAGAACGCAGAGUGUCUGGUGGCUCCCAGAACAGCCGCCAGGCUCCAGAGUCUACUGCAGCCGCAACAAGAGAGUUGUCUCAAGGAAAGUCCUGGGACUCAUGGAGUGACAGUGAGGAUGAGUUCUUUGAGUGUCUCAGUGACCAAGGAGAGAUAGAGGCUCCACAGACUGAGGGAGGAAAAGACGUCAGUAAAGGCAAAGCAGAGGGCCGACUCCACCCCCACAACAACAUGACACUCCUCAACUCUACAGAGCCUCUCUAUGUUCCCGUCACACAGGAACCUGCUCCCAUGACAGAGGAUCUGUUAGAGGAGCAGUCGGAGGUGCUGGCCAAGCUGGGCACGUCGGCUGAAGGCACCCACCUCCGGGCUCGGAUGCAGAGCGCAUGUCUGCUCUCCGACAUGGAGUCCUUUAAGGCAGCCAACCCAGGCUGUGUUCUGGAGGACUUUGUGCGCUGGUACUCUCCCAGGGAUUAUGUGGAGGAGGAGGUGGUGGAUGAGAAGGGUAACACAGUGGUGAAAGGCGAGCUUAGUCCCAGGAUGAAGAUCCCAGGCAACAUGUGGGUGGAGGCUUGGGAAACAGCCAGGGUGACACCUGCACGGCGCCAGAGAAGACUUUUUGAUGACACUAAGGAGGCAGAAAAGGUUCUGCACUAUUUGGCAAUGCAGAAACCUGCAGACGUGGCCUCUCACCUCCUGCCCUGCAUGAUCCAUGCUGCUAUUCUAAAGCUGAAAGAGGAAGAGUCAGUAGAAGACAUUCCAUCAGUCAAAAAAAGCAUUCAGCAGGCUGUAUCUCAAGCCAGCAAGCUGCUUCAUCCCCCCAACCGGGACUACAAGAAGUUAGAGGAUUUCAUGAACCAGUUGAUGGUUAUGGAGAUAAGCAUCACCCGCGCUCGCUCACUCAAGGCCAAGUUUUCUGUAAGUGAGGAUGAAAAGGGAGAGGAUGCAGAUGAGCUUGAGAAGUUUGUGAGCUCCUUGCUGGAGGAGCCAGAGGUGGCAGUGAUCGGAGCUGGUCAAGGCCCGGCUGGCAGCAUCAUCCACAGACUGUUUAUCAACUCUCAGAGGGCUGCCCUGCUGGCACCAAUGGAUGACGACCUGGUCUCUGACAGGAAGCUGACUGGACGAAGCAGUAAAGUAGCAGACUUUCCACCUCCGGCAGGCCGAGAGAUUCUGCUGCGAACAUGCGUCCCCCGACCAGCACCGUACUCCAAAGCUCUGCCUCAGCGGCUGUUCUGUGUGCUGAUGAAGGACGAGUUCAGACUGGCAGGGGCCUUCUCUACAGACACCUCCUUCUUCUAGGAACCACGGUCCAUUUGUAAAUAAUGAUUUACCUUUGCAACCCAGGAGUAGAAGAUCGUUUAAGGACACGGGAUGGUGCAUUAAAAAUGAUUAGUGCGUUUAUUGGUUGGGUUGUUUGUGUAUUCACACAAAUGCUUGUUUAUUAUGAGCGAAAGGUCUCAUUACGGCAUGACAUAUCCAUGUUGGCUACAUAUGAGGGGUUGACCGAUAUGGUUUUUCAGGGCUGAUAUCAGUACCAAUUAUUACUAAUCAAAGAGACCAAUAACUUGUAUUUAGAACUGAUAUAUCUUUGUAGUAGUAAAAUAAAAUCUUGGUGUCCAAGUGUAGAAUAACUCAAACACUAAA